AUGACCUGUCUUCUAGAGAAAGAUGUUCCAUUCGUCUUUGACGAGGAAUGUCUUAAGGCCUUCAACUUCUUGAAGGAACAGCUUAUGAGUGCACCUAUUCUUAUCUCGCCCGACUGGAACUUGCCCGUUGAGCUCAUGUGCGAUGCGAGUGACUAUGCCGUUGGAGCGGUAUUAGGACAAAGAAAGGACAAGCACUUCCACCCCAUAUACUAUGCGAGCAAAACGUUAAAUGAUGCUCAAGAGAACUACACCACCACGGAGAAAGAACUCUUAGCCGUAGUCUUUGCUUUCGACAAAUUCCAGUUCGAAAUCGAAAUUAGAGACAAGAGAGGGGCCGAAAACGUAGCAGCCGAUCAUCUUUCACAUUUAGAGGACCCUAGGAGAGAGGAGAUUCGUGAGGAAGAGAUAGGAGACACAUUUCCUCACGAGUCUAUUGAGUUUGUAGAGGCCGAAAAAGAGGGAUUGCCUUGGUUUUGUGACUUAGCGAACUAUCUAUCUAGUGGCAAUAUUGUGAAGGGAAUGACCAGACAACAAAGGAGGAAAUUCCUUAGUGAGUCAAAGAAGUAUGUGUGGGAUGAUCCUUUUCUCUUUAGAAAGGGGGAGAUAGGAUACUUAGGCGGUGCGUGUUGA